CUCCAUCCUUCAGUGCUCACAGGUGAGCCUACAACAGCCACAGCUCAGGAUGGAGGCCAUCAAGAAGAAGAUGCAGAUGCUCAAGUUAGACAAGGAGAAUGUUCUGGACCGGGCUGAGCAAGCUGAAGCUGAGCAGAAGCAAGCAGAAGAAAGAAGCAAACAGCUAGAGGAUGAAUUAGCAACCAUGCAGAAGAAGCUGAAAGGAACAGAAGAUGAGCUGGACAAGUAUUCUGAAGCUUUAAAAGAUGCCCAGGAGAAGCUGGAGCUAGCAGAGAAGAAGGCGGCUGAUGCUGAAGCCGAGGUGGCCUCCUUGAACCGUAGGAUCCAGCUGGUUGAAGAGGAGCUGGACCGUGCUCAGGAGCGCCUUGCCACUGCUCUGCAAAAGCUAGAGGAAGCAGAAAAGGCUGCUGAUGAGAGCGAGAGAGGUAUGAAGGUGAUUGAAAACCGAGCUCUAAAAGAUGAAGAGAAGAUGGAACUUCAGGAGAUCCAGCUAAAGGAAGCAAAGCACAUUGCCGAAGAGGCAGACAGGAAGUAUGAAGAGGUGGCUCGUAAGUUGGUGAUUAUUGAAGGAGACUUGGAACGCACAGAGGAACGGGCCGAGCUGGCAGAGUCCCGUUGCCGAGAGAUGGAUGAGCAGAUCAGACUGAUGGACCAGAACCUGAAGUGUCUGAGUGCUGCUGAGGAAAAGUACUCUCAGAAAGAAGACAAGUAUGAAGAAGAGAUAAAGAUUCUUACUGACAAACUCAAGGAGGCAGAGACCCGUGCCGAGUUUGCUGAAAGAUCGGUAGCCAAACUGGAAAAGACCAUUGAUGACUUGGAAGACGAGCUCUAUGCCCAGAAACUGAAGUACAAGGCCAUUAGCGACGAGCUGGACCACGCCCUCAAUGACAUGACCUCUAUAUAAACUGUCACCGGUUCUGUUCUGCUCUGGAUCUAACCCCUUUCCUUGGGGAACCCAACACCCCACUCGCUCUGGAUUCCAUUUGGGUCAGCCUGGCUGGUUCCCAAAGCCUUAGGGCUGGGGGUGGGGGGACAAAGCAAUUUACAUAUUUGCUUUCACCCCCAUCCCAAAUUAAAAUGUUGAGCUGCCAGAAGCCUCAUGCCCUCCUGCACUUGUUAUUGCCAGAGCUGUUCAGGAGCCCUGCGGGUGUGAUGAAGGACAUUCUGAUUGAUGUUCAGGAGCCCUGCGGGUGUGAUGGAAGGGCAUUCUGAUGAUGUAUAAUCAAAGCUACAUUUGUGCGUGUGUUUCUUCCUGAGACUUAAACUUACUGACUGGAGUCUUGUCAGUGCUGAACUGGUAAAGGUUCCUCGUGGUAGGAAGUCUAAUGUUACUCCUUAUGGCCAUCUCACGCCUUUGACUUCCGAGUUCUUAAACAGUCGAUCUGGAGCAUUUUCACCUCUUUAGGCCCCUUUCCCAUGUAGUAUGGUCAGCAGACCAAUGAAUUAUUUCCUAAUAAGCCACCCUUUUGCUAAAGAUUCAGACAUUACAUCCUCAGAGCACAUGUGUGUUCUGUGUGAUCCAUUCUUUCAUUUAAACAUGUAACAGGCCGGGUUGAAUUGUCAGUAGAUGACCUUUCAUCUUUAAGCCUCUCGCACUUAUUUGAGCUGCUACCAUUUGUUCAGCUUUGUCUUCUAAUGGGAGAUCACCAGGACACACAUAGACGAUUGGAAAAAUGAAGACAGUCACGUACACAUGGGGAUAAUGACUUACUAUUAAAUUUCCACUAGAGAAAUUCUGGGUAUUUGUUGUAGAAUUGAAUGUCAGCACUUCAGAGUUCGUUCUGUACAGCAGAUACAUUUGACAUUAUAGAUAAAUGUUGCAUAGUAUUUCAGUUCCUUAUCAAAAUAGGAUUAGAAACUUACUUUUCUUCUUAGUAUCCAGUGCGAUUGAUGCGGCACAGCGGGAGAACACUCACUCAGUGUGCGCGAAGCUGAGUUUGAACCCCAGUACCACAAAGAAAGAGGGGAGGGAAGGAAGAGAAAGGAAAGAUAGCGCCAGGUGGAGAAGUGUUCCCUAGUCUAAGUCUCUAGCGAAGCACACCCCAUUGCCUAUACUGUCUUCCUGCCACAUGGCCUUGGAGAGUGAGGUGGAGGUUGGCUUAGUCAAGCAGGUGCUGACUUUGUCUAGCUGCCCUAUUCCGGUGGCGAAUAACAUCAGAUGGGGAACUGCCUGCAUGCUCUCUAAGGAGAGAGGACAAGCUCAAAGUCGAAGCUGCUGGGUGAGCUGCAGAUAGGAGAGUUUGGGAGCUAAGUGGGAGGGGCACUGACUGAUUCCAUGAUUGCUCCCAAAUUGGCAUUUUUGAGAUAGUUUUGCACUAGCCCAGGCUGUCCUAGAACAGUAUGUGCCCAAACUGCUCUUGGGCUCCUGGCGGUCCUGCCUCUGCCCUUCCAAGACCUGCACCACCACUGUGCCAGUUUUAGAUGAGAUUUGUUCGUGUUGUCUGGGUGAUAAAGAAUUCUGAACACAGCCUUUACCUCUGAACUACAUCACCAGCCUCAAGACUGAUUUAUAUAUAAUGAGCAGAAAUAAGCUUCAACACACACACACACAGAGUUAAGGAAAGACACAGCAACUGCGAAGGGAGAUUUGGGAGGCAGAUUUGCUAAAAGUGCUGCUGGGAAGCUUUGUGGUUGGACAGGAGAUGGAAAUGCCACGGUGGUGUGUGAAUAUGUGUGUACCUCCCUCCUAAGAAGAGUUCAUCUGAAAGCUAGGAGAAGAUUGAAUCUGGGCAAGUCUGUAAUCCCAGCACACCAGAGGAAGGCAGAUCUCUGUGAGUUCAAAGCCAGCCUGAAUGAGUUUCUGGACAGCCAGUACUACACAGAGAAAUCCUAUCUCUGAAAAAACAAACAAAAAAAGACCAAAUCUAUUAAAAUGGGUUGGAGAGAUGGCUCAGUGGGUAAGAGUACUGACUGCUCUUCCAGAGAACUGGGUUCACUCCCCAGCACCCUUGUGGCAGUAACACAGACGUACCUGCAGGCAAAACACCAAUGCACAAACAGAUAAAUAAAUAAAGGAGGCUUCAAGGCCGCAUCAAACUAUGUAACAAGACCCUCAAUCAAAAUCCACAGGGUGGGGUGGAGUGUUAUAUACCUUUAAUCCCAGCAGUGGAUCUCUGGUGAGACUCUGUCUUUAAAAACAAAGACUAGGCCGGGCGGUGGUGGCGCACGCCUUUAAUCCCAGCACUUGGGAGGCAGAGGCAGGCGGAUCUCUGUGAGUUCGAGACCAGCCUGGUCUACAAGAGCUAGUUCCGGGACAGGCUCCAAAACCACAGAGAAACCCU